GUCCAUCCCUAUAAAGCCGCAGACAAACAAAAAACAAACGGAAAUUCGCUUCUCUAAGCCGAUUAUGAGGUGUAUUUUGGAGAAUUCAAUUUUUCUAAAAUUAUGGAAGACAUUUGCCGAAUUUGUGGCGACCACUCCAAAACGUUGGUGGGAAUUUUCGACGAGCAUGAACCGAAGGGACAGGUCGAAUUCGAACCGAAUCUCGCCGAGAUGGUCAAGACAUGUGCCGACGUCCAGUUAGAUCCCGGGGAUUGCUUCCCCCAACAAAUCUGCAUUGCCUGUGUUCACGACGCACGAACAGCCUACGGGUUCAAGCGCAGAUGCGAGGAGAGCCACAGAAAAUUCUACUUAGCGAUUAAUGAUUGGCAGUCCGUCAAGGAGGAGCCCACCGAGAAUUUCUUUGUCAUUGAGGAACAGCUUGAAAGCGAUCUGGUGGUGAAGGAGGAGUUCGACGAAAGCCCCAUGGAAGAAACUGCCAAAGAAAAUUCGCCAAAAAUAAACACCAAAAAGAGCAAGCCAAAACCAAAAUUGUCACGUAAAGCCCGUUUGAAGCCAAAAGGUAGAAAGAAGCAGUCCUUCAAGUGCGAACUCUGCGCCAAGGAGUUCCGGCAUCAAAGAAGACUACUGGAACAUAUGAAAGUCCACAGCAAUUCCCAUGUAUGUCAAACUUGCGGAGAGCGUUUUCUGUUCAAAACUGAUUUGGAUAAGCAUCAGUGUUAUCGCACAAGUGAUUAUGUUGUUGAGUGCCCCACCUGCUUGAAGGUAUUUUCGACUACCCGGAGCUUGGACAGUCACAAAUGCCUGGAGACAAAGAAAAGGGCGUUCCAAUGCCCCCACUGUCCACAGAUCUUUACCCACAAUCAUCUCCUUAAGGUCCACCUGUUGAUUCACACGGCGGGGGACUCUAGCCAGGGCAACGGGCCCCACAAGUGCUCUUACUGCCGUUUGGGAUUCACCAAUAAGGCGGCCCUCACCGUGCACACCAACGCCCACAUGGACCAACGGCCUCACUCUUGUCCGUUCUGCAUUUCCAGCUUCCGAUCCAAAUCAGGUCUCACGGUACACAUCCGCACGCACACUGGCGAGAAGCCUUACAAAUGUCCCCUUUGCCCCAAGACUUUUUCGGACAAAAACAACCAGGCCAAGCACCGGCGGCGUCACACCGACGAUCGCCCCUACAAGUGCUCCGUUUGCCUGCAGGACUUCCGGGAGAAACACCACCUGAAGCGCCACUUCCUGAACAAGCAUCGUGACCCUGACCAAGAGCAACAGUUGAAGUGAUACGUUUAAGACAUGACUAAGAAGUAUUAUAUAAUUAAAUAAAUAAAUUAAGUUAUGAUGGGUUAUUUUCUCCUUAUUCAGUUUGAAUUAAUAUUUAUGUUUUAACACGAUUUGUAUGUAGUUUCUUAACUUGAUUCGAAGGGGCAAUCACAACAAUUAAGCUUCGAUUUGAAAUCCGGUUUUUAAUAGGUCAAUUCAUGGGCUGAGCAGUGCGUCUAUUGGCUCUUUUCAAAGCCAUUUUUCGGAAAUUUAGAAAGGGAAACCACUACAUUUCUUUUUAGCUCGAAAGGCAAGGUUGUCUUAAUUAAGUCUGCAGUCACCUAUAUAUGUUCUAAUCCGUAUUCUCUCAUAAUUAAUUUUCUUUAAAAAGUAAUAAAAUCACGGUUUGAAAAACAAUUCUCUAUAAAUUAGCGUUGCCAUAUCGUUGGGUUGUAUCGAUAUGGCUGCGCCGCACAGUUUUCAUAUAAAAACAAGUUGUCAACCCCUUAAACAACCCAGAUAACGUUGAAAUAAAACAACACGUUUUAUGUUUAUAAAUUAUAAGUCUUACAAAUUGUAAUUGUGGUUUCCGUUUGCUUACAACAUCAAAGCAGUCACCAACAUA